AUGGAGGAGCUGGCCCGGGAGAGCAUCAGCCUGCUGGCACGCUCUGCCUCUCACGCGGACCCGCCGCGGCUUGGCUCGUUCGGCGCGGUGUUCAUCAUGCUGAAGUCUGCGCUGGGAGCCGGACUGCUCAACUUCCCCUGGGCUUUCCAGAAGGCAGGAGGAGUGACCACAGCCGUCAGUGUGGAGAUGGUUUCACUGGUUUUCCUUAUCAGUGGUUUGGUCAUUCUUGGCUAUGCGUCAUCAGUAAGCAGACAGAAGACGUAUCAGGACGUAGUGAGAGAAGUGUGCGGAGGAGCUGUGGGUCAACUCUGUGAAGUGUGUUUCUGCUUCAACCUCUUUAUGAUAUGUGUCGCCUUCCUAGUGGUGGUGCAGGACCAGCUGGAGAAAUUGUGUAUUUCUUUAUAUGAGACCGUGACUGGGUCCGCUGAGGGAGAGAUGCCAUAUCACUGGUAUACUGACCAACGAUUUGCCCUCUUCAUCAUGUGCCUCUUCAUCAUCCUGCCUCUGUCCAUCCCAAAAGAAAUUGGCAUCCAAAAAUACACAAGUGUGUUGGGGACGCUGGCUGCUACGUAUCUGUGUGUGGCAGUGAUUGUCAAAUAUUACCUGAUGGAGAGCCAUACGGUUAUUAUAACUCCAGAGCACAGCCAAGGUGUGAGCUCGUGGGCUUCAAUGUUCAGUGUUGUGCCAACCAUCUGCUUUGGCUUCCAGUGCCAUGAAGCCUGUAUCGCCAUCUACAGCAGCAUGGAGAACCAGAAGCUCCUGCACUGGGUGGUCAUAUCUGUGGUCUCCAUGUUUUUCUGUUUACUCAUCUACACUCUAACCGGUGUGUACGGCUUCAUGACAUUUGGACGAGAGGUUGCCUCCGAUAUUUUGAUGUCAUAUCCAGGAAAUGAUGUCGUCAUGAUAAUUUCCAGGCUACUUUUUGGAAUCUCAAUUAUCACUAUUUAUCCUAUUAUCCUUCUUCUGGGGAGAUCUGUCAUCCUGAACCUGAUGCUACGUGUUCAAAGACGUCGUCGGGGAAUCGUGACUAGUUCGUUUGAGAGUCGCUGCAGAGUCGUUCUCACUGUGAUCUGGAUCUCCGUCACUCUUCUCAUCGCCAUGUUUGUUCCAGACAUGGGUGAAGUCAUCAGUGUCAUCGGAGGAAUCAGUGCCUUCUUCAUCUUUAUUUUUCCUGGUCUUUGCUUACUGUUCACAAUGCAAACUGAAUCUGUGAGUCCAAGAGUCAGGGUGAUUUUAUCAGUUUGGGGGGUCAUAACCAUUGUGGUUGGAGCUUUCAUCUUUGGACAGAGCACAACCAUCGCGGUCAUGGAGCUUUGCAACAAAUUGUGA